AUGGCUGCAAAAAUGGAGUCGACGAGGUUAGAAUACAUCAAGUUAAACCAAUCCAAAUUUAUAACUGACUCCUACAUUCACCUUCAUGAGGGUCUGCGUUCUGAUGGGGGCGCACGCAAACUCGGCAAACCGUGCAUUUUGCCUUCCUCUUACACUGGUGGCCCUCGAUGCAUGCAUGAAAGGACACAAGACGCAAUGACCUAUGUCCGUCAUUACGGGAGGCCUGAUUUGUUCGUCACGAUCACGUGCAAUCGGAAAUGGGUUGAAAUCACACGCGAACUUUUUCCAAGUCAGCAGUACUCACACCACCCAAUUGCCCGCGUUUUCCGGUUACAGCUGUGUAAGCUUAUGGAUUUAAUUCUUAAAGGGAGAGUUUUCAGACGCGUUAAGUGUCAUAUGUAUACAGAGGAAUGGCAGAAACGCGGUUUGCCUCAUGCCCACAUUCUGCUGUGGCUCAAUGAUAAUGUUGAUGCAAAUAAAAUAGACGAUUUUAUUUCUGCUGAAAUUACAGAUCCUGCGCUGGUUCUUUUGCUCCACGAAGUCAUUAAAAAAGAUAUUAUACACGGCCCCUGUGGCGUGAAUUACGAAAAAAGGUUACGUUGGUCAAGCGCCCCCACUUGCACAAAGGGUUACCGCCGUAAGUUUAUCUCAAAAAUGCAGGCUGCGACGGAUGGUUACCCACUGUACAGACGUAGAAGCCCCGCUGAGGGCGGCAGGACUGUAACAGUUAAGGGGCACACUCUGGACAAUCGUUGGGUUGUGCCUUAUUGCCCGCUGCUGUUCAAGACUUUUGGAGCCCACAUAAACGUUGAAUACUGCCACUCGGUUAAGUCAAUAAAGUAA